AUGGCCAGCCAAUCAUUGCGCCGUGCCUGGCUGUCGAAGCUCGCAUUCGCGGUGCCGGAGUUAGGCGCCUUUACGAGGCUUGGCGGAGCUGGAGAACUGCCUAAAGGAGAUAGCGGGCCAUUGCUGAUUCGCUGCGAUCGUGGCAGAGUUGAAGCACCUCGCGAUCAGUACAGCGCUGACGAGCUCGUGGCGAUCCUGCUUGGAAGUCGCAAUCGAAUGCAUCCCAAGAACAGUGCCGCAUGGCUCAAAGGCGUCAAAGUGCGGGCCCUUGAAGUGAGGGAUGCACCCUACACUGAGCCUGCAGCAGACGAGAUUGUCCUACGCGUGCACGCUGUUGCGCUCAAUCCAAUCGACUAUAUGACACAGCACCAAGGCAGCCUCAUGUUUCCCUGGAUCAAGUACCCCUUCAUCCUAGGGACCGAUGUCGCAGGCGAAGUGGUGCAAGUUGGCACGGAUGUGGACGCUGACGGAAACUCCCCUCUGGCGGCUGUGGGGAAGGUUAGAGUCGGAGACAGAGUGGUCGGCUUCGCAGCAGGUACGGAUGAGAAGCGCAACCGUGCCGCCGAGGGAGGGUUUCAGCAUUACACUGUCCUCGCAGCCCGAAUGGCAACCAGAAUCCCCGACGGCAUGACCUGGGAGCAGGCAGCUGUGCUGCCAAUGGGUGUCACGACAGCUGCCGCAGCGCUUUUCAAAAAGGACCAGUUGGGGUUGCAGUGGCCUCAAGGACCAGCCAAGACCACGCCACAAAGCACAGGCAAGGACAAUGAAAUCGUCGUGAUCUGGGGCGGCUCUACGAGUGUUGGAAGCAACGCGAUCCAGCUUGCGGUAGCUGCCGGCUACGAAGUCCUCACCACCUGCUCGCCGAAGAACAACAACGCCCUUCACAGCCUUGGAGCAGCGCGGUGCUUCGACUACCGCUCCUCCGCGGUGGUGGCGGACAUUGUUGCGGCCUGCUACGGGCGCAAGGUCGCUGGCGCCGUGGCGAUUGGUCACGGGUCGGGCUUCUGCUGCAUGGAUGUCCUCGCGCAAUGCAGUACGCCCGGCAAGAGGAAGUAUGUGGCCAUGGUCUCCUAUCCGAUGCCAGACGUUGUCGACCCCAGUAUGGCACGAAUGGGAGCCUCGUACAUGGUCGGCAGCGCGCGGCUGCGGCUCAAAGGUCUGAGUUCGGGGUGCGACUACAAGGCUGUAUUCAGCUCGAACAUUAUCCACGACGAGGUGUCGGUCAAGGUAUGGAAUGAGUUUCUCGGUGCUGCCCUGGAGUCAGGCGAGUACAAGGCGGUUCCCGAAGCCGAGGUGGUGGGCAGCGGGCUCGAAAGCGUCCAGGGUGGCCUCGACAAGCUCAAGAAGGGAGUCUCGUACAAGAAGCUGGUUGUGAAGCUGGGUUGA